AUGGCCCCUCCACCGCCUACCAACCUGCCCCUCACCGAGCGCUUGCAGCGUCUUGCGAUGACCUUGCAAUUCGGCUGGUUCCUCGGCCACGCAACCCUACUCUUCAGCGUCGCCCGCUACGGCCUCUCCUACAUCACCUUCAACUACUACUCCCGCUGGGCGCAGUUCAGCUACCGCCUCGCGUUUGUCUCCGCUGUUGCUACCUAUGGCAUUGUCGUCUACAAGGCGUGGCGCGUCCGCAUGAAGCCCGCGGGCGCGAAGCCGCAGAAUGCUGCGUUGGCCUUGUUGGGGGAUGAGAACUUUCAGUAUCUGAUGAUCAGCUUUGUCUGGCUCUACUCCCGACAGACUCCGCUCGCCCUCCUCCCCUUCACCGUCUACAGCAUCUUCCACGUCGCAACCUACACCCGCACCAACCUGAUCCCGACCAUAUCCCCUCCCAAAGCCUCCCCAGCCGGCACUACUCCCACCUCUCCCAGCACUCCCAAGUCUCAGAGCGCUGCGGCCAACACGAUCGGCAAGUUCGUCAAGGACUACUAUGACAGCGCCAUGCUUGCGGUCGCCGGCCUCGAAAUCCUCCUGUGGAUCCGUCUCCUCUUGUCCGCCAUCACCUUUAGCAAAGGCAGCUGGAUCCUGUUGGGCGUCUACACUGUCUUCCUCCGAGCACGUUUCUCCCAGAGCCAGUUCGUCCAGAAUGCAUUCACCCGUGGUUCCGCCCAUAUCGAUCAACAAGUUCAGAACCCGAAUGUUCCGCCUGCGGUCCGAUCUGGCUGGGAAAGCGCCAAGGGUGUUGGGAAGACGGCUGUGGAUGCUACCAACUUGGGGAAGUACAUCAAUCCGCAGGGUCAGCAGGGUGCGCCGAAGAAGGCUCAAUAA